AAGCGGGGUAAACAGCCCAUUCGACCCUCUCGCGCAACAUCAAUCGAACCAUUAUGUCUUCCAUCCCCGAAGCUGUACCCAAUGUGCUCAAGCAGCUUCCGGCCUUUCACCAUGGCCCGGGUGGUGCAGUGGCCAUCCUUGAAGACGGAAACGUGCUUGGUCAACAUGUAUGGGGGUAUGCUGAUAUCGACCAGCGCAUUCCGAUGACCCCGGAAACGAUGAUGCCUAUCUGCUCGAUCACCAAACAGAUGGUGUGCAUGUGCCUUAAGGCACUCGAGAGACAACUACAGUCCCAGCUCGGAGGCGAUGAUGGUCAAGUCCAGUCACACCUAGAAUCCCAUUUUCGCGAGGUAUGCCCCGAUAACCUCGACGCCUUCGCAGAAGCCUCCAGACCGAGCCUCCGUCAACUCUGCGACAACCAAUCCGGGCUGCGAGACUACUGGGCCCUGACUACACUCUGGGGCGCUCGACCGGACGGCGUCUUCUCAUUGCCCGAAGCCGGUGAAAAGAUGCUCGAGCGCCUGGGUGUCCCUCAUUUCACCCCAGGGACCCAAUACUCCUACGCCAACACCAACUUCCACAUCCUGGCGCGGGUCAUCGAGCGCUGCAGUAGCGGCUGUUCCCCCUCCGGAAACAAGUCGUUGGGCGAGUGGCUCAGCGAGCAGGUUUUCACCCCGGCGGCGAUGGCGUCCGCGUGCUUACAUCCGGACAAUGCAUCUUUGCCCGGAGAUUGCGUGGGGUACGAAGGGGACGCGGCGCGCGGCUACAUCGCCGCUGCCAAUCGAAUCCACUGGUCCGGUGAUGCGGGCGUUGUGGCUUCGCUGGCGGACAUGAUCGCCUACGAGAGGUUCCUCCAUCGCAGCCAGGCGGACGAGACGAGCAUCUAUCGGGAAAUGGCUCUCCCUCCGACUUUCGCGGACGGGACCCCAGCCCCCUACGGCUACGGCCUCGAACACGUUGUGGUGGUGGGCGUGCCGACAGUCGGCCACGGGGGUGCCCUGCGCGGCUACCGCCUGCACAGGCGUCAUGUUCCCUCUCGGAAGCUGUCUGUAAUAGUAAUGUUCAAUCAUGAGGCGGACGCGGAGAUGGCAGCGCAGGAUAUUUUGGCGAGGCUUCUGAAGAAAGACGAAGUGCUACGCUCAGUAUCCCACAGUGUGACGCUCAGCGCGCAAAUCUGGCCGGGAUCCUACUGGGACGAAGAGGCUUGCCUGGCCAUUGAGGUGGAACAUCGCCCUGAUACUGGGGAUAUUGUCGUCACCUACGCGGGCGAACCGGACACUUUGGUCCUCGUGCGACCAGAUCGGGCUGAAUCUCGCACCACCUUGGCAACGCUGGAGGAUGGCCGUCUCCGUCUCGACUGGCCGCAGGCGAAUAGGCACAUCACUGCCCACCGGCUUGCCCGCUCUCCUACACAGCCAGACGGGAAGGCUUUUGCUGGGACUUAUGUCUGCCGCGAACUGGACUCAACUUUCCAGUGUGUCGAAAGUGGCGGACAGCUGUAUGGAUACUUCGAUGGUUUUCUCGGGCGUGGCCCGGUGCAUUUUAUGCGCUACUUGGGCGAGUGCAAGGACGGAUUCGUGUGGGCUUUAGCCUGUCCGCGCGGAAUGGAUGCCCCCGCACCGGGGGACUGGAGUCUUUGUUUCACUCGCAACGAGGAUGAGUCAGUCUCGGGCGUGACGGUUAGUUGUUGGCUGGCUAGGCGUGCCGUGUUUGCACGAAGGUCGUAGCGGUUGGCUUCAGUCAGACAUGGCUCAAGCCUUGUCGAUAUAAAUUACUAGUAUGGUAUGAGCACGCGCAUGGAUAUGCCAAUUUUCACUGUUCUCCAUCACAGCUUCGUGGCUCAUUUAUCUUGGAUCGUCCUAGC